UUAAUUGCCUUGCCUCCUUCUCCGGACCAAGAAAAAAAUUCAAAAAAAAAAAAACAUGGACAAUGGAAACCUGCAGCCACUUCUCUCGAACCAUGGGGAUCAAGAAGAUCAUCAUCAUCAGCUCCCCAAAGAAAGGAGCGUCUGCUUAACGACCAAACAAGGAGACAUCAAAUCCAUAAAUGAACUCAGUGAUUUCCCCAAACAGUUCUGCGCUGAAUCCAAGAAGCUCUGGUACCUCGCCGGACCAGCAAUCUUCACAUCCUUAUGUCAGUACUCACUCGGCGCCAUUACACUGGUGUUCGCCGGUCAAUCGCCCGGAACUCUCGAUCUCGCCGCCGUCUCCAUCGAAAACUCUGUCAUCGGUGGUUUCUCCUUCGGUAUCAUGUUAGGGAUGGGGAGUGCUCUGGAGACGCUGUGCGGGCAAGCAUUCGGAGCUGGGCAGGUUGACAUGUUAGGGAUCUAUAUGCAGAGAUCUUGGGUGAUCUUGAAUACAACCGCCAUUGUUCUGAGCUCAAUUUACAUAUUCGCGGAGCAAUUAUUGAAGCUGAUAGGGCAAUCGGACGAGAUUUCGAAGGCGGCCGGAGUAUUUGCGAUCUGGAUGAUUCCGCAGCUCUUCGCUUACUCCAUGAACUUCCCAAUCUCUAAAUUCCUGCAGUCGCAGAGCAAGAUGAUGGUGAUGGCAUUGAUAUCGGCGGUGGCUCUGUUACUCCACACCUUCUUUAGUUGGCUCUUGAUGCUGAAGCUUGGGUGGGGAUUGGUCGGAGCAGCCAUCGUGCUCAAUGCUUCUUGCUGGUUCAUAGUAGUGGCUCAGCUGGUCUAUAUCUUUAGUGGAACAUGUGGUCGAGCUUGGUCUGGUUUCUCAUGGAAGGCCUUUCAGAAUCUAUGGGGGUUCGUUAGGCUAUCGGUGGCAUCCGCUGUCAUGCUCUGCCUAGAGGUGUGGUACUUUAUGACUUUGAUCCUCUUUUCUGGAUAUCUCAAGAACCCAGAAGUUUCUGUGGAUGCACUAUCGAUAUGUAUGAACAUUUUGGGAUGGGCAGUAAUGCUGGCAAUUGGAUUCAAUGCAGCCAUAAGUGUGAGGGUUUCCAAUGAACUGGGCGCAGGGCACCCAAGGACAGCAAAGUUUUCAGUUGCAGUUGUGGUUGUUACUUCAUUCCUCCUGGGCCUUGUCCUCUCACUCAUUCUUAUCAUCUCCAGAAAGCAGUUCCCAGUAGCAUUUUCAAGCAAUAUAGAAGUGAAAGAGCUUGUAUCUGAGCUAACCCCAUGGCUCGCAGCAUCCAUUGUCAUCACCAAUGUUCAACCUGUUCUUUCCGGGGUGGCGAUUGGUGCAGGGUGGCAAGCUCUUGUUGCUUAUGUGAACAUUGGGUGCUAUUAUAUAUUUGGGAUCCCAUUAGGCCUCAUAUUGGGCUAUUACAUCAACAUGGGUGUCAUAGGAAUUUGGUGUGGAAUGCUCUCUGGAACCAUUCUACAGACAUGCGUGCUAUUCUGGUUGAUUUACAGAACCAAUUGGAAUAAAGAGGCAUCAAUUGCUGAGGAUAGGAUAAGACAGUGGGGAGGAAACAACAAUGAGAUAUCCAAUGAUAUUGAGAAAUAAACCCCUAGACAGAAAAAUGGCACACGACAUGUUUGACACAAUUCAAUCUCAAAUAAAGGAUCUAAGGGAGCAUAUAGCUUAUCUUCCAAGCAAAAGAUUGAUGGGCCACAGAUGAGGAUCUUACUGCAUUCUUUCAACAUUUGAGGGGGAAGAAAGCUGCGAAAACUUCAACUCAAAGGCAACACUUGAGUUUCUGGUUCUUUCUUAACCAUGGAUUAGGCUCCCAGUGUCCUUCGUACAGGUUUAGUUCUUGUUGAGGCUUGAUUUAGACAUCAAGGACAAUCCAAAUUUCAUAUAUUCUCUGAUCAACCCAGGAAAGAAAAAACACUUUAUGUGUUCAUUUUGUAUGGUAUCAACCGAGAUGGGGUUUUUUAUGUUUGAGCUGAACUUGGAUAUUAGACUCAGAUAUGCAUCAAUUUGGGAUUGUUUCAUUCUAAACAAAA